AUGCCCGGCCUCACCGAAUCCCAGGUCGCCUCCUUUCGCAAAAAUGGCUACCUAGUACUCCCAGACUACCUAAGCGCAGACGAAACGAACAACCUAAUAAACGAGACAAACAACCUCCUCGCCACCUUCCCACUGGAAUCCCACCCCCUAACCCAAUUCACAACCGGCGAUGGCGAAGACGAAAGCGCCAACCACGUCGGUGACGACUACUUCCUAACAUCCGGCGACAAAAUCCGCUUCUUCUUCGAGCCUGAUGCCUUCAGCACAGAGCCAGACCCCCUAACCGGCCGCCCAGCCCUCAUGAAGCCCAAAAACCUAGCAGUUAACAAAAUUGGACAUUCACUGCAUACCCUCUCGCCGCCUUUCAAAGCUGUUUCGCUCAACGAGCGCAACGCAGCUGUUGCAAAGUCUCUAGGAUUCAGCGAUCCGCGUGUCUUGCAGUCCAUGGCGAUCCUGAAACAGCCUUCUAUUGGUGGCGCGGUGCCUUCGCAUCGGGAUUCAGAGUUUCUCUAUACCAAUCCGCCAUCCGCGGUUGGGUGGUGGUAUGCCUUGCAAGAUGCCAGUCCGAAGAAUGGGACGCUGGGCAUGUAUAAGGGCUCGCAUACCGGGGCCAAGGGGGGCCAUAUUAAGCGGCGGUUUGUGAGGAGUGCUAAUGGGGGUACUGAGUUUAUUGAGAAUGAGGGCCCUUCGUUGCCGAGGGGGUCGGAGGAGGAGGGUGUUUCUCAGCCUUCGGAUGAGGAUCUGGAGAUUCUGGAUAUCAAGGCUGGGUCUCUGGUGCUUAUUCAUGGGAAUGUGCUGCAUAAGAGUGAGAAGAAUACUAGUGACAGGAGUCGGUAUGCUUAUACCUUCCAUGUUAUUGAGGGCGCCGACGGGUGGGAGUAUGAUGAACGGAAUUGGUUGCAGCCGCCUGCUGAGGGCUUUUCGAAGUUGGAGAGUUAA